AGCGCGGCUGCUGGCGGCUGCGCUGCUGGGUUCCGAGCCGGGUGUGGACGCCGCCUCCGCGCCCCUGUUCGGGGACCUGUGUGUGGUGGCGGCACAGGCGUUCACGGCACUGCAGUUCAUCCUGGAGGAGAAGUUCGUGGCCGCCUACCGCGUGCCCACCCUUCUGGCGGUGGGGCUGGAGGGGGCCUGGGGCAUGCUGGUGUGCUGCGUGGCGCUGCCGGUGCUGGGGGCGGUGCGGGCGGGGGCGGGCGGGGAGCCGGUCGACUCGGCGGCGCAGGCGCUGCGCGAGGUGCUGUCGCACGGCCCGCUGGCGGCCUCCGUGGCGCUGUCCAUCGUGUCCAUCGGCUUCUUCAACUUCUUCGGGAUAUCGGUCACAAAGGCCCUGAGCGGCGCCGCCCGCGCCACCAUCGACGCCACCCGCACGCUGUUCAUCUGGCUGGCCUCCAUGUGGCUGGGCUGGGAGAGGUUCCUGCCGCUGCAGGUGGUGGGCUUCGCGGUGCUGUUCGCAGGCACCAGUCUGUACAACGAGCUCAUCCGCAUCUGCCUGCCUCGGCCCGAGGAGCUGGAGGAGCCCGAGGUGGUGGAGGUGAUGUACGGCAGCGGAUCCAGGACGGCAGGGGGAGGAGGAGGAGGGGGGAGUGGCAGCGGGAGCGACUCGGAGGAGGGGGAGGAGGAGGAGAGCGGGUAUGAGAGCGACAGCAGCAGCGGCAGCGGGAAGGGAGGAGCAACGGCGGAUGAGGAGGCUGGUACCCUAUCUGAGCCCCUGCUCUCCGCCCCCUCACCCGCCACCACAAACCGGAAGUCACCAACCCUAUCAGCAGCCGGCGCCGGCCCCUCCUCCACCCCCUCCUCGGGGGGGCCCACCACCCUAGCAGCAGCGGCAGCGGGAAGAGCAGCGG